AAGCACGUCGUGCGCUGGCAGUAACCUGUCAUCCUGCGCUGCUGAAAGAAAAAGCCUCCAGAAGAUCCCUUAAUUUACACAAAAGCAAAACGGAGUCUACAGCCAUGGGUUUCUGUCAGCUCAGUCCACUUUACUCCCCAUAAAGGACGCCUGACUGAUGAUUGCUACAAACGCUGGGGGUCGUCUCCUGCAGUGACACUCAAGAGUCUCUCAAGAGCCAUCGUUCCUGCAAACCCCAUCCUCCCAUAUUCCCUCCACUUUCGUCUGUUUCUAACAAUUCGCUGAAGAUCUGCCCUUGUAGCCAGCAUGGAGGACACUUACAAUAACAGGACUUCUCUGGUCAAAGGGGCCAAAGACAUGGUCAAAGAGGCCAAGAGGCACGCAGCAAAAAAGGUCAACAAAGUGGUGGACCGCGCCACAGAUGAGUACUCAUCCCAUCGCAACUACUCGCGGUUCCAGGACGAAGAGGACGACAACGAGGAUUUCUACAGGAACCAAAGGGGGCAGGAAGGAGAGGCCUACCAGGACAACGAGGAGGGCUCCAGCGAUGCCACGGAGGGUCACGAUGACGAGGACGAGAUCUACGAGGGGGAGUACCAGGGGAUCCCGUCGGCGGGAGACAAGAAGCAUAAGGAAGGCCAGGUGGCGCUGGGACAACCCGGGGCAGAUGCCACGAGGGGCCGGGACGAUCUGGAGCAGGAGAGACAGGCGGACGAGGAGGAGCUGGCCCAGCAGUACGAGCUGAUCAUGCAGGAGUGUGGGCACGGGAGGUUCCAGUGGCAGCUGUUCCUCGUCCUGGGGAUGGCGCUCAUGUCAGACGGUGUAGAGGUGUUUGUAGUGGGCUUUGUGCUGCCCAGCGCAGAAACUGACAUGUGUGUGCCAAACUCCAGCUCAGGAUGGCUCGGCAGCGUUGUUUACUUGGGAAUGAUGGUUGGCGCUUUCUUCUGGGGAGGGAUGUCUGACAAAGUGGGCCGCAGACAGUGUCUCCUCAUUUGCAUGUCCACAAAUGGCUUCUUUGCCUUCCUGUCGUCUUUUGUCCAGGGUUAUGGCUUGUUCCUCCUCUGCCGUCUCGCCGCRGGCUUUGGGAUAGGAGGCGCCGUGCCCAUUGUUUUCUCCUUUUUUGCAGAGGUGUUGUCCAGAGAGAAAAGAGGAGAACAUCUCAGCUGGCUCUGUAUGUUCUGGAUGAUUGGAGAGAUCUAUGCAUCAGCUAUGGCCUGGGCCAUCAUACCACAUUAUGGCUGGAGCUUCAGUAUGGGUUCAGCGUACCAGUUUCACAGCUGGAGGGUUUUUGUCGUCGUUUGUGCCCUGCCGUGUGUGUGUGCUGUGGUGGCGCUUACCUUCAUGCCAGAAAGUCCCAGAUACUACCUUGAGGUGGGGAAGCACGACGAAGCCUGGAUGAUCCUCAAACAGAUCCACGACACCAACAUGCGAGCACGUGGGCAGCCGGAGAAAGUCUUCACCGUAAACAGGAUUAAAAUCCCCAGACAGCUGGACGAACUGGUUGAAAUGGAGUCAGAAUCUGGAAACCCUGUUUCAAAGGUUUUCUUUAGGAUAAAGGCUGAAAUACACGGGAUCUAUCUGAACCUUAUGAAGUGCUUCAGCUACCCUAUGCAAGAAAACACGAUGCGCCUGGCCAUCGUGUGGUUAACGCUGUCAUUCGGGUAUUAUGGUCUGUCCGUCUGGUUCCCUGAUGUCAUCAAGCACCUCCAGGCAGAUGAAUAUGCCUCCAAAGUGAAAAUCCACAACAACGARCGGAUUGAAGGCUUCACCUUUAACUUCACUCUGGAGAACCAGAUUCACAAAAAUGGCCUUUUCGUUCACGACCAAUUCAUCAACAUGAAGCUAAAGUCCGUCACAUUCGUCGACUCAACAUUUCGUAAUUGUUACUUUGACGAUGUAACAUCAGUGGGCUCCUCCUUCAGGAACUGUACUUUUAUUGAUUCGUUCUUCUUUAACACGGACAUUGAUGACUCCAAGCUGAUCGAAGGCACUGAGGUGAUUAACAGCACUUUCACCCACAACAAGACAGGAUGCCAGAUGACAUUUGAUGACGACUACAGCGCCUACUGGGUUUACUUCAUCAACUUCCUCGGCACACUGGCUGUUCUCCCUGGCAACAUCGUCUCAGCACUUCUCAUGGACAAAAUCGGGCGUCUUUCCAUGCUGGGUGGCUCCAUGAUUCUAUCAGGCAUAAGCUGUUUCUUCUUGUGGUUUGGCACCAGCGAGUCCAUGAUGAUUUUCAUGUUGUGCCUUUACAACGGCCUGAGCAUUUCUGCCUGGAACUCCCUGGAUGUGGUCACAACAGAGUCUUUCCCUACUGUCCGGAGGGGAACAGGCUUUGGGUUCUGCAAUGCUUUGUGUAAGCUGGCUGCAGUCAUGGGGAACCUGUUUUUCGGCUCUCUCGUCGGCAUCACCAAGGCCGUCCCUAUUCUCAUGGCCUCAGCGGUGCUCGUUGGAGGAGGCUUAGUCGGACUGCGGUUGCCUGACACCCGGACCAAUGUCCUCAUGUAACACAAUCGAUGAUCACCGAUAACCAGCGGGUAUAAAUGACUUCAUUCCAACAACAUGAGGGAUUAGAGUGAGGAGUGCAAAAGGCUUGCWUCUUUCAUAUCUUGCACCAAUAGACAUCAGUACACCCUCAUGGAAAAACAGCGUGGGUAUUUGCCUCAAAUACUUUUAGCUGGUUGCAGCCCUUCAGCUUCAGUCAUAACCUUACACAGGAACACAACGUGGCGGAGGCUUUUAAUAUUGAUACGGUCUUAUUAAGAUGAGCCAGAUGGGGAGAAACGGGGAAAAACAAGCUGUAAUGAGCACAACCAACCUGCUGUGUGACAACGCAGGGAAUACAUGAUCAGACAGAGCAGACUCACUGACAGCUGGUUUUCCCGCGAGACCCCCAGACAGAGCACGGCUACAUUCAUGCAGAAAGUCACCACCACACUGWAACAAACAGAUAAUAAAAUUAAAGUAUUAGGUAAAUCUACAUGUGCAAACACUCAUGUUUUUCCAUCCCUGCUGUAGUUUGCUGCAUGACGUUUGCUCRGACAUCUGUAAACCUUUCAAAGUAGAUCAUUCAUAUGAGACCAAGCCCUUUGCAUUACCCAUCCAAACUUGAACUGAAAAGGCCAUAUUGUUAAAAAAGAAAAAAAAAAGUUUUUUCUUGUAUAACUGUGCGUGAUGUUGAAUCUGAGGAUCCUUAUUUCCCCAGAAUGAAAUUUUGAGCGAUAAUAUGCUGUUUUUGUCCAAAUAUAGAUAUUUUUCCUUCUUUCAGUGUCAAAUUGUCUGUGAUGAGCUCUCCUCCUUCAGCUCUAUGUAGAAAACUGCUUCCUUAAAAAAAAAAAAAAAUUAAAAUAUAAAUAGAUAUACAUAUUCAAUGGCCUUUCUUAAUGUGCCUCUCCUUGACUGGAGCCAGUCUGUCCAUAGUCAUGUGCUGUCCAAAGGUUACACCAAACUAAACAUGAAGAAGAAAUGAAACAAAAGGUAUAUAAUAUACUAAUAUAGCAAAUACAGAAUAAYAAAUGAGAUUUUUUUGUUAUAUGUGUAAAAUGUUGCCCAUAGCUUGUGAAUUUAUUCAUUUUGUGUAAAUCGUUAUUUUGUCAAAUUUUAUUUUGAAAGAUUUUUGCAAGUGAGUUUUAAUAUGUUAAAAAAAUACYAUUUGCUUAUUGAUCCAUUUCAUCCUGAUAUAUCUAGGUCAAGGGUCACCAACAUAAUUUGCUUAAGACUCGAUGUUUUUUUAGCACUUGUUACGAGGGCUGAAAAGAGAAAAUAAAGUMUAAAUUGUUAUAUGAGGCCUAUUGACAGGUUUAUAGUUACGUUACAUUUAACUGAGCCUUUUCAUGUUAAUCAUAUUUAACAUGCUAACUUUCUUGUAAAAUUCACAGGCAAUUUUCAGAAAAAUUACAAUGUUUGUUAUUCGUGACUCGUAGUUGCUCCUGGUUCUGAUUGGUGGGAUAUUGGUGGUUGAGGUUUUUCUAUGGAUUCGGCCAUUUGUAGAAAACAAGAAGAUAUUUUUUUGUUCACUGCCAGGAAAGAAAAAAAAAAUCACAUUCUCUGAGCUUUAAAUAAAAUUUUAAUUGACCCGCCCCUACUUCUCCUCCCCAUGCCCAGUGGCCAGAUGUACACCCUCUGUGGGCCACCUUUGGCCCAAGGGCCACCAUUUGGUGAUCUCCGAUCUAGGUAUUUAUGCAUUACAUUAGUAGUUGUGAGACCAAAAAUAAUUUUAACUGAUGAUUUUAUCAGAAUUUAUUCUUAAAUAUAUGACUUUUAAGAGUCAAAUUAUUUUAUUAUAAAAACAUUAUUUCUUAUUUUUAAACACAUGAUAGCAAUGAAAUUAUAAUAAUAAUCAUAAAAUGAUCAUGUUKCUUUUUUCACAGUGCUAAAUGUCCAGAGGUUUAAUAAUAAAUUGUGAUGAUUCAUUAUCUCUCAGUCUGGUUCAAUUUGUGUUAACAGACUGCAUUUUUCUGCAUUGUUUUUGCUGUAUUUUUCAUUAUUCCUCUGAAUUUGUGGAGUCUAUGACUUUUAUUUAAUUUUAUUAACCCUAAACUGCAGCUGAUUUACUCUACUCAAAACAAAUGAACAAAACAACUGCAUUAGAUGUUUGCAUUAAUUUCCUCGGACCUUAAGCUUUUCCUGAAAAAAGUGUAGAAUCGCUUUGAAGAAAAGGCUGUGAUGUAUGUGGUGCUACUCCUCAGCAGAUGUUUUUCUAUCCUCUGAUUUAGUAUUUUGAACCUGAUGUCGCCCAGCACUGCUGACUGCUGUCUGUAGCACGAACAGGAGAGACCUGCUUCGUCUGGGUUUGUAAAAACCACUGAGGCAGUUUAACUGUUUUAGAGAGGAUUGACAUGUUUGAGGUGUUUCAUGUACAUGUACUGUAUUUUUGUGUGUGCUUGUGCAAAAGAGGCAUACAGAGAGUAUUGUAUGUGUGUACGAGUAUCCACAUGGACAUAUAAAUGUAAAUAUUGUAUAAAUAUUGAAGCUGAUAAAAGUAAACUUUUUGGUUAAAUGUGAACAAGCUGUUUCCACGUCACCUGAACUGUCUGAGUGAUUUCAUCUGUCCCGUGUYGCUUCUGCGUCCUUUGAUUUCACCUGCUGCUGUUUUCUGUGUAUGUGUGCGAAUACACUUGCAUGUGUGUCAGAAAACUGAAAUUAUUUUGUGAUUACAUUUGUGUUUCUGUAUACUUUUCCUGCAGAAAGUGGCAAUAUUAAGAUGUUGGUUGAGGAAAAAAAAUGCGAAUGUACUACACUUGUGGGUUUUGUUAAUCCAUUUCCCGUUUGUGGUCAAAAGUUUGUGAAUGAUGAAGUUGUAAAACCUUUCGUGGAAGAGCCUGCCAAUGAAAGGGAUGACUGACUUGUGUUUUCAGAAGUGCAAAUGUGUGAUAGUUUGUGAAAAAACAUUUGCCAAGCGGCGCCCCGUGUAUGACAUCAGACAUUCAGAAACUGCAGACUGAUCUGCUCUUCCAACAAAUGCAGUAAAAAAUAAARGUUAUGUUCUCUAGCAAAAA